UCGCUAUGACCCCAUGCACUGUUUUGUGUCUGUCUUGCCACGCAGGUGACAUCAGUUGCAAGGGGAUGACCGAGCGCAUUCACAGCAUCAACCUUCACAACUUCAGCAAUUCCGUGCUCGAGACCCUCAACGAGCAGCGCAACCGUGGCCACUUCUGUGACGUGACGGUUCGCAUCCACGGGAGCAUGCUGCGCGCGCACCGCUGCGUGCUGGCAGCCGGCAGCCCCUUCUUCCAGGACAAGCUGCUGCUGGGCUACAGUGACAUCGAGAUCCCAUCCGUGGUGUCAGUGCAGUCGGUGCAAAAGCUCAUUGACUUCAUGUACAGCGGCGUGCUGCGCGUCUCCCAGUCGGAAGCCCUGCAGAUCCUUACGGCCGCCAGCAUCCUGCAGAUCAAAACAGUCAUUGAUGAGUGCACGCGCAUCGUAUCACAGAAUGUGGGCGAUGUUUUUCCGGGGAUCCAGGACUCGGGCCAGGACACGCCACGGGGCACUCCCGAGUCAGGCACAUCGGGUCAGAGCAGUGACACCGAGUCGGGCUACCUACAGAGCCACCCCCAGCACAGCGUGGACAGGAUCUACUCAGCACUCUAUGCGUGCUCCAUGCAGAAUGGUAGCGGGGAGCGCUCCUUCUACAGCGGUGCGGUGGUCAGCCACCAUGAGACUGCCCUUGGCCUGCCCCGGGACCACCACAUGGAAGACCCCAGUUGGAUCACACGCAUCCAUGAGCGCUCACAGCAGAUGGAGCGCUACCUGUCCACCACCCCUGAGACCACACACUGCCGCAAGCAGCCCCGCCCUGUGCGCAUCCAGACCCUGGUGGGCAACAUCCACAUCAAGCAGGAGAUGGAGGACGAUUAUGACUACUAUGGGCAGCAAAGGGUGCAGAUCCUGGAGCGCAAUGAAUCCGAGGAGUGCACGGAAGACACUGACCAAGCUGAGGGUACUGAGAGUGAGCCCAAGGGCGAAAGCUUUGACUCGGGAGUCAGCUCCUCCAUAGGCACCGAGCCCGACUCGGUGGAGCAGCAAUUUGGGCCCGGAGCAGCACGGGAUGGCCAAGCAGCAGAACCUACCCAACCUGAACAGGCUGCGGAAGCCCCUGCUGAGGGCGGUCAACAGCCACACCAACUAGAGACAGGUGCCUCCUCCCCGGAAAGAAGCAAUGAGGUAGAGAUGGACAGCACUGUCAUCACUGUCAGCAACAGCUCCGACAAGAGUGUCCUGCAGCAGCCUUCGAUCAACACGUCCAUUGGGCAGCCAUUGCCAAGUACCCAGCUCUACUUACGCCAGACAGAAACCCUCACCAGCAACCUGAGGAUGCCUCUGACCUUGACCAGCAACACACAGGUCAUUGGCACAGCCGGCAACACCUACCUGCCGGCCCUCUUCACUACCCAGCCCGCGGGCAGCGGCCCCAAGCCUUUCCUCUUCAGCCUGCCACAGCCCCUGGCAGGCCAGCAGACCCAGUUUGUGACAGUGUCCCAGCCAGGCCUGUCGACCUUUACUGCACAGCUGCCAGCACCACAGCCCCUGGCCCCAUCUGCUGGCCACAGCACAGCCAGUGGGCAGGGUGAAAAAAAGCCUUAUGAGUGCACUCUCUGCAACAAGACUUUCACCGCCAAACAGAACUACGUCAAGCACAUGUUCGUACACACAGGUUGUUUAAAACUGGAGAACUUCUUGGAGACCAUAUAUUCCAGUCACCUCAUUACAGCCCAAAGUCAUAUAGGCAAAGCUGGGAAGAGAGUUUUAAUCUGCAGUAAAUUCAGCUUGAAAAGGUUAAAACAAGGCUGAUGCAAGCUUAAGCCAUAUCUGUGGUCCCUGAAAUGAAGAGAAGUGCUAGACUCACUUUACUUUCUAUUGCUUAUCUGUUUUCCACAUCUAGAGACCACAGUCUACACUGGGUACUACCUUUUUGAAAAGUGACAGGCUAGCUGGGACAUGAUUAUGAGGAAUAUGAUUAGGAUGGUGAAGGGACACAAGACUAUGAUAUGUGAGUGAGUUGAAGGUCUUAGGGAUGUUCAGCCUGCAGAAGAGAAGACUCUUGGUGUUUUGUGAGUCGUGUCAUGUAUGCUUCAAGGGCAGCAUAGUGUAGUAGUUACACUGGCACUCUGGGUCCAGGCUGCCUGGGCUUAAAUGUAGACUUAACCACUACUGAACUGUCAUCUUGGGAAAAUUACUUGAUUUUUCUAUACUUCAGUUUUCCUUGUCUGUAAAAUGGGAAUAAUAGUGAUAAAACUUUCUUAUAGUGCUGUUUUGAGGUUUGAAUGACAUAAUAUAUGUGAAGUUCUUUUAAAAAUUCCUGGUACUAGUAAGCAUUCUAUAGAUGGUCGCUGCUGCUAGCAUUAUUAACAUUAUUUAAAUGGUUAAGAGGGAAGAGAUACUAUGUUUGUUCUAUUUGACUAUAAAUGGUAGAACUGGAAACUAUGGAUUCUUUCAACCAAGUAAAAGGAAAAAUUUGUUAGCUGUCAGAGCUGCUAUAAGAAGGGAUAGCUUACCUCCACAGGAAAUGAAUUCGCGUAAUUAGAGGUGUUCAAGGAGAGAAUCUAUGAUCAUUUUCUGGGGAUCUCAUAGAAGGCACUCAAUCAUCAGGUGAGCAGUUGGGCAAGAUGGUGUUUCCUCCCAGAUUCUCUGAUUCUAGCGCUAAGAUCUCCAGACCUCCCAGCCAUUGCCCCAUAAUAAAGCAGACAUAGAAUUAGAAGCUCUAUUGAUAGGCUUCCAUUUAAGUCACUGUAAGUAUAAUUUUAGAGAUUUCCUUGUACCAAAUAAUGCCUACCUAUCCCAGCGAUGGCCACUGAGUUUGCAAUGCCUAUCAUCAGAGUCACUCCUGUGAUAAAUCUCUGGUAUCAGACUACACUAUUAAAUGAUAAAUAAAUUUCCAGGGGAAAGGUGCAUACUUGAGUUACAAUACAUGAAAAUAAAAUAGUUCCUCAAAGCAACGUUGUUUCUCAAGCUAACAGGAAUCUAAGGAAUAGGACAUAAAGCACAUGAAUUUAAAUUGGGGGGUAGAAGGGAAGCAGAGCACCAGACACUCAGACAAGGUACCAAGCCUGGAAGUACCCAACUGAAAUCAUUGCUUAGGAUAAACUCUGCCUUCUUUGCAGUUCAGCACAAGUCAGGGCACUGUAUAAAUCUGUGUGCACGCUGUUAUGUGAAUCAGUUGUUCUUAAAGAUGAUAGUUUUCAUACUCUAAAAUAAGCAUAUGACUCACUAUUGAAUUUAGGAAGAAUAUCAGGUAGUGGUAGGUUAUCGUUUACUUAGGGUAAAUGUGAAUGCACUAGUAAUCAGAUCAAUCAAGGUAAAUUUUCCUGUGGUACAGGUAUUAUCAUUAUUUGACAAAUAGUAACAUUUUUAUUUAUGUGACAAUUGGCUUACAGAACGCUCUCAUAUAGUUUAUUUUCUUUCUUCAACUGAGUAGCUGUUCUAUAAACCUUCAUAUUAAGAAUUAGGGCUAAAAAGAGACCAAUUUACACAAGUAUCUACUUAGCCAAAGUUGACUUCGCUGGUCUUAAAAUCCAUAAAUAUUUCUACUGUCCCCUUUCAUGCAUUUCCUCCACAAGACCUAGCAGAUACAGAAUUUGCAUUUAUUUUAGAUCAUGUGUUGAAAUAAGAAUUUACAUUUGCACCAUAAAAUUUUGAGUGCAUUACCAAAAUUUGUCUUUUUUACCCAAUGAAUUCACCAAAGGAUUCUGUGGUUAACCCAAAUAACUAGAUUUACCCAUGAGAAAACCAGUAAUGGGUUUGCACAUGUAGACAUCAUAGAUACGAAAGCUCAAGUAAAGUCAUUUAUAAGCCUGAAUUAACUCAAAGUGUAGCCUUCAGAUCUCCAGUAAAUUAUGCAGGUUCUCAGUGAGUUAUGUUUUUUGUAUGGAUGUUUAUAACACUGCCACAUCUGGGAAUAAUCGAUAAUGUGUGUGUGUGUAUAUAUAUACAUAUCACUGAAGCACCUAUUUAAAAGAAGCAAAACUCAUCCCUUUCACCACAGAAUUAUUUAGCAAUGGCAGUUUAGAAGAGAGCCAUUUAUCAAAACUUUUGUCUAACUAAGGGAGUUCAUAACCAAACAAAGUUUAAAGAACAAUUGGUCUAGAGUUCCAAAAAGCAAGAGAGACUGAACAUAUGGAAGUAAUGCAAGACCUGGGUUCACUGUGGCCCACAUUUCAAAACAAAGUUCUAUCCAAUAUCUUGGGGAAAGGAAAGUAUUAAAAAAAAAAAGAAGGGAACUUCCCAACUAUACAGCAGCCAAGGGGAAAUCAUAAAAAUCCAAAGCAAAAAGGCCAAAUGUUGGUUUAAAGAGAUUCUAGAAAGAACUGAACAUACUUAGAAGAGUAGAGACAGCUUCAUUAAUCUUACCUAUAAUCUAAUUGAAAAGAAAUUCUAGCAAGAAAAGUUGACAGAGAUAAAAGGAAAGAAAUUUGGGUUUUCUGUAUCACCACUGGCUUAGCAAGCACUUCAAUAACUCCAAGGUUUAAUGUAAAUAAUACUUGCUUUCAUCAACUGCAGAGAAUCAAUUCUGAGAUCUGGAUUCCAAAAAAAAAAAAUCCUAUGUAGCUUUGUACUAAUGAUCCACAAAUUUAUUGAAAGCAAGUGUUUGAGACAAAUAAGAGAUAUAUCAUGUCCACAUUGGGGGCUAAGCUCUACCUUCAAGAACUAAGGAGCCCUGGUUAUAAAGCAUAUUCCAUAAUGAUUAUAACUCUAAAACUUAGGUGAGUACAUACAUGAAAGAUGAAUGUACUGAAUUAUAUUAUUUGGAUUUAGUUUUGGUUCCUCUAAUUGGAUGUGUGGCCUUAAGCAAGUCACUUAAUUUUAUAACCCUCAAUUUCUUUGAGUUUAAAAUGGAAAUAAUUUUCUUGCCUUUUGAGUAGCUAUAAAGGUAUAAGAGCUUUUCAUAAAAGACAAAGUACUACUUAAUACUUUUUUAAAAAAUUGUCAUUACGUCACUUUAGCCCCCUCCACCCAACAAGACAUUGAGUCUCCUUGCUCUGUCUCCCACCUCUGAAUAAUAAGCUGCAAAUGUGGUUCCUUCAUCUAUGAAAUUCAAAUACUGCAGCAAUAUAAUACUCUUUGGGUUUCCCUUGAACUUCCUUCAUAAAAUGAACAUUUUUUAUUCCUUAAUGA